CCCAGAUAGAUCCUGACGAUGACGAUGGAAGUCGACUCUGCCGCGUGUCUGGUGGUCUGGAGUUUUCUCUGGAUGUUAUCUCCUGCAGGAGGAGAUGCUGAGGUGUCCUGUGUUUUUAUGGAGAGCUGCAUCUUACCGUGCAGCUUCCAGGGCGGCACUGAUGCAGUCAUCCACUGGACUCUGGUGACAGCUGGAGACAUUCCUGUCCACUCCUACUACCACAACCGAGACCAGCUGGGACACCAGGGACAGAGCUUCAGAGGCAGGACAUCACUGUUCAAGGACCAGAUCUCCAGAGGAAACGCCUCGCUCCAGCUGACUGGGGUCCAGGUUCAGGACCAGGGAAGAUACAAGUGCUACACCAGCACCAUCAGAGGCAACAAGGAGUCAUUUAUCAACCUACAAGUGGACGCUCCGGUCCAUAAAGUCGACAUGGAGCAGGAAGAAAACAGGAUCACCUGCAGCUCAGAGGGGAUCUACCCUGAGCCUGAACUCACCUGGUCCACCAGACCUCCGUCCAACGUGGCCUUCAAGAACACAACCAGAGUCCAGCAGACUGAACAGCUGCUCUACAACAUCAACAGCUCUCUGAUACUUUCAGACAGGGUUACUGAUCUGGUCUACAGCUGCACCGUCAGCACUCGCAGCAACAGGAGGAGAGCCACUUUGAGGGAACUGACUUCUCUCGAUGGUUCCAGCUCUGACACAACAAUCCCCUGCUCUGCCUCAAACACUUCCCUUCUGAACUUCAGCCUCGUCUGGAGAUUCAACCACAGUCGGAUCAUCCUGAACCGGACCAGGACCAGCGUCCCCUACACAGUCUCAGAGGAGUGGAGGCAGCAGGUGAAGGGUGUGUCUGAGUCAGGCAGCCUCACACUACAAGACUUGUCUUUGAAACAGGAGGGGAUAUACACCUGUGAACUCAGCGAUGACGAGGAGACAAACAUAACCAACACCCUGCUGAGGAUAAAAGGGAGUCAAACUGGUGUCACACGUGUUAAUGAAGGUUUGGUGGUUGGAGCCAUUUUGUUUGUAGUUCUAGCAGCAGGACUUGUUGUGCUGUACUACAAAAAUAAAAAGGUAAAAAACACAUUCUGCCUUCACCUGCUAAUUAUUUAUUGUGUAUGUUUGUACUGAUGAUGAUGAUGUGUUUUAUAAAUUUUAGAGCAUUAUAGCCUACAUUAUUAUUAUUAAUAGUAUCAUUUUAACUUUUGUACUCUAAUUGGUGUCCAUUUCUGUUUAAUAAUAAAAAUGUUCUUAAUGUUCUUAACUUUCUUAUCUGGCCCAAGUCUUGAU